AUGCGGGGAUGCCCGCCGUCGCGCGACGCUACCUGCCCGCUUGCGGCGCUGCGGCGUCGCGCCAGUGCGUCGCCACACCGCCUGCCUGGUGCGCUGCGGGCCAACUGCGGCUCGCCGCUGCUGAAAAGACCCGCGACCUUCCGCGGAGAUGCGAGCUUGGGAGUCGCGCUGCUGCUGCUGGCGGCCGUGGCGGCCGUGCAAGCGGAGGCGGCGGCGAGCAGCACGUCUCGGCGGUACACGAUUGCUCCGCUGCGCAGAUUGGAUGAGAGAGUGGAUGUUUUCACACUGCCCGAGCGACUGGUGUUCGCCGGCACUGCCAUGCUGCCCCCCAUGGAUGAUGCACCUGAUGCUCCUGGUGACAGUAGCAGUGCAGGUGAUGGUGGUGGUGCCGAUAGUGGUGGUGGUGCCGAUAGUGGUGGUGGUGCCGGUGAGAGUGAGAGGGGAGGCAGCAGCGAGUCGGGCAGGGAGCAAGGCAGCAGCAGUGCGAAUGAUGGUGCAAGCGACCAAGGCACACAAGGCAGUGACACGGGCGCAGGAGGCACGGACUUGACCCCCAGUAGCAGCAGCGGGGCCAACAGCAGCGACUCUGGCACGUCAGCGGCUGCAGAGGAGAGUGACCUUAUCGAGGCAGUGGAGCAGCGCAACGAGCAGGCCAUCAGGCGCAUCCGCUACCCGCAGGGGGCGCGCCAGGGGGUACAGCAGCUGGCGCGGGCGGGGGCGGUGGCAUCACAGGAGACAGAGGUGAAGGCGGUGGUGAGGCGGCGGGCAGCGGUGGGGUUUCCUGGAAUCAGCCAGUACAGCGAGGUGAACAGCGGCACUGCGCCCACCUACAACCACUCCGUGUGUCUUAGAGUGCGCCUCUGCUCUGCACGCCCACAAAUCCUAUCCCUUGAAGGACCGCGCCUCACUCACUCAUUGCUACCAACUCAAGCUGCCACUGCUCCUCCUCCUCACCCACACCCUGCCAUUCACUCCCUCCCAUGCCGUGCCGCGCCUCGUCCCCCACAACUGCAGUUCGUCAACGUGCUGCUGAGUGUGGUGCAGCGCCGGGAGCCAUACAACGCAUCAGUGCGGGGGGACAACAUUGGGGACAUGUCCUGCACCUACGACCCUGCUUCCAGGCGCUUCUUUCUCUCCUCCUACUGGCUCUCCGGAGGGGCGAGCAACGGGUAUGACAGGUUUGGGCAGACGAGGCAGCGAGGGAACCGCACAGUGGGGUCGGGGGUGAUAGUGGCGGCGUCCACCGACGGCGACCCCACCCAGCCUUGGAACGUCUUCUUCAUCCCCGGCUCGUACGUCAGGCCCUUUCCACCUCUCACCGCUCCUUGCACUGCUCCUUUCUAUAGAUCAUCUGGUGUGCUCCUUGCAUGGCUAUUCACGUGCACUCCGCAUUCUCCCGUUCCCCCUCUUCUUCUGCUGGAUGGAUGCUGCUUGUGCCCCAUACCCCACUGGUGUGCCAUGCAAUAUGGGCAUGUGAGUGCCAUGGGUGCUGCGGGUGUGCUGCAUGGGUGUGGCGUGCAAACAUGCAUGCACCGCGCCGUGCCCAUGGGGCAUUGCUGCACAUGGGGCAUUGCUGCACAUGGGGCAUUGCUGCACAUGGGGCAUUGCUGCACAUGGGGCAUUGCUGCACAUGGGGCAUUGCUGCACAUGGCAGCAACGACGGCAACAAUUCCAACCCCGAUUGGGGAGCACCGCUCUACUACAACACAUCCAAGCUCACAACUCUCCGUAAGAUCGCCACAUGGCUCCCCCACAGUUGUUGCUUUCGGAAUGGUGUGUGAGCUGUCAAGAGAGGACAGGUGGGCUGCCAAGAGAUUGGUGAGUGAGUGUGGCCAGGUGUGUCUUUUAGAUAUCACCUACCUUUCUCUUAUGGCACUGUCAUCCUUUCGUAGUGAUGGCCCCCGUCACCACUGCCUCGCUAGAUUUGCUGCUACCACAGCACCAGGUCUCAGUGCUUCACGCGUCUCGUCUUUCCUGUCUCCUCCCCUCUCCUCGUGGCCCCCUCUCUUGCUUCCCCUGCAUGUACUCUCCGCGUGCGGUGCAGAGGACUACCCGCAGAUUGGCACGGAUGCCCAUGGUGUGUUUGUAUCGGUGAACCAGUUCGGCCUGGAGGAGUCCAAGUACUUUGGCGCCAAUAUCUAUGCCAUGGGCAAGCAGCAGCUAUUCCGCACGUGCACCGCCUCCAUCCUGCGCUUUGCCAUCCCCUACUCGCCUGCGCUCACCAGCCCCUCCUACACCGUGUAUCCGCACAAGGUCCCUGCCGAUGGCUCCUAUGAUACCGCCAACAACGGCACCAUGUACUUUGGCUGGAUGGCUGUCAAUUUCAAUGGUGCGCCCAACGAGACCGUUCUCGUGCCCAAUGUCACUAUCGUCGGCGCCUUUGCUCUCACCGGUACCAGCUCGCUCGGGUCAACCGAGGCCGUUGAUCGCGUCGUGCCGCACAUCGCAGCCGUCGAAACGCCGCCGUUUUUCAUGCCGAUGCCGGUGAGGCAGCGACCGGGGCCCACCCCCACGGCAUGGCGGUUCAACCGGAGGGAGGCGGCCAUAGACGCGUUUGCAGCGGGCAUGCAGGCCGUGGUGGUGCAGCCACAGCGCAGCACCAUGUGGCUGGCCUUCACCUCUGCGUUCGGCCCCGCCCUCGGGUCGUCGUCCGUGGUGCUGGCUCAGAUCAGGCUAAGGCUGAGGGCAGAGGUCUCAGGGGAGGUGGCAUCUGAAGACUCGUCAGGGGAGGUGGCAUCUGGAGAGGCGUCGGGGGAGGUGGCAUCUGGAGACUCGUCAGGAGAGGUGGCAUGCGUAGAGUCAUCCUCAGAGGUGGUAAUGAAUGGGACUGUGGGGGAGACAGAAGCAGUGGAGGCAGCAAGUGGUGGGUGGUCAUUCGAGGUGCAGCUGGAGGGGUUCAAAGCGGUGGGCGUGCAGGGCAACAGCCUGCUGCGCCCUGCCAUGGCGCUCAACAGGCGCGGCAGGGGCAUACUAGCAGCAGCACUGGCGGGCCCGUCCUUCUACCCCUCUGCUGCCUAUGCCCGUGUGGAUGCAGCCCUGCGUGUUGGCCCCGUCACUAUUGCAGCACCCGGGAGAGCUCCCCUUGAUGACUACUCUGGGUACCUGUUUGAGGAGAGGGUGAUGCGGUACGGGGACUACCACACGGCCACCACUGAUGAGCACGGCAAUGCAUGGGCCGUGGUGGAGUAUGUGCCUGGUGUGCCGCGCACCCACACCUCCCGAACGUUCGCAGCAGCGCGCCUCAUGGCAGCACCCGCCGCGCUGUCCCCCGCCGCGCUGCCGCUGUGGCGGCGGAUGCUGCAGUCGUCCAUCGACGCGCACGCGCACAUCCCCUCCGCGUCCUUCGUGCAACUCGCCACAGUGCGCGCCAACGGCACGCCCGCCAACCGCUCUCUCGUCUUCAGAGGCUUCAUGGAAGGUUCCGACAACCUCAUAUUCUACACAGAUGGCCGCAGCAGCAAGGUCUCCAUCCUCCCCGACCCUCCCAUUGCUCCACUGCUCGCCCUCUUGACUCUGCAAUCUGUCCUGCACGUCAAGGAGAUCGAGCAGUGGUCGCUCAUCGAGCUGUGCUGGUAUUUCUCCGAGUCAUGGGAGCAGUACCGCAUUGCUGGCAGCAUGACCACCGUCCAUGCCAACUCGCCCGACCCUUCGCUCUUGAAGCUGAGGCAUGCGGCAUGGCAGCCGCUGACAGCGCAGCAGCGCUGGCAGUACUGCCGAGGGCACCCAGGCACGCCCUGGGAGGAAGAGAGCGCAGCAGGGCGGCCUGAUGGGCACGAGUCAUCGCUGGCAGCACUGGCGUUGCUGACACAGCGAGAUGCAGAGGGGGCGAGUGCGGAGAAUAAGGCUGAGCGUGAUAAGGUGGACCCGGAUAAGGUUGCCUCUGUUGAGCCCGUGGAGGACUUCUGCCUGCUGCUGCUGGAGCCCCUUGAGGUGGACUACGUGCACGUGAAAACGCCCUCUCGCCACCGACACACAAGGCUCAUGGCAGACGAGGGGAAAGAGGGUGGGGCAGGGGGGAGAGGGUACGAGUGGACUGCCACGCGCAUUCACCUUUAA